AUGGCGCAGCGCUCGGGGAAGAUCACUCUCUAUGAGGGCAAGCACUUCACAGGGCGGAAGCUGGAGGUCUUUGGGGACUGCGACAACUUCCAGGACCGAGGCUUUAUGAACCGAGUGAACUCUAUCCGUGUGGAGAGUGGAGCGUGGGUCUGCUUCGACCACCCGGACUUCCAGGGGCAGCAGUUCGUCCUAGAGCAUGGUGAUUACCCAGACUUCUUCCGCUGGAACGGCCACAAUGACCACAUGGGUUCCUGUCGGCCUGUGGGCAUGCAUGGGGAGCAUUUCCGUCUGGAAAUCUUUGAGGGUUGCAACUUCACCGGCCAGUGCUUGGAGUUCACAGAGGACUGCCCCUUCCUGCAGAGCCGGGGCUGGACCAAGAGCUGUGUCAACGCCAUCAAGGUGUACGGGGACGGAGCGUGGGUCCUUUACGAGGAGCCCAACUACCGCGGCCGCAUGUACGUGGUGGAGAGGGGCGACUUCCGCAGCUCCUCCGACUGGGAGGCCCCCAGCGCCCGCGUGCAGUCGCUGCGCAGGGUGGCCAACUUCUUCUAG